AUGUCCAGAUCUGGUCUGUUUCAAGGCACCAGUCGGAAUAUGCCGACGCAAAUAAGCCGGGAUUUGGAGGUAGAGCAACAGGGGCAAGACCAACAGAGCAUAUGCUUGGCUUACUUGGGUAACCUCAGUUUGCAAAAAGCCUGUCAAUUGAGUGGCAACAAAAAACAUCAGGAUAUUACCCGACUUGCCGGCGAGGUGCGUGGCGACAUAGAUCGAUGUCGCCAAGAUGUCAAAAGUGCAAUUGACACAUUGGGACAGGUCGUUGGCGUGGCCUGUUAG